UGAGUUUCCUUCCUCAAGCCAACACUGCUAAUUCUUCAGCUCUUCCACUUGAGAGUUCAUCGUCUCGGAUCAGUUUUGUUUUAGAGAAAGAGGAAGAAAUUAGUUAGAAUUUAUGUAUAUAAUGCACAAGAGUAAGCUGCAGGAGCUGUGCCAUGGGAAGAAGUGGGGGUUGCCAAGAUACACGGCCAUGAAAGAUGGACCGGAUCACAACCCUGCCUUCAAGGCCUCUGUAUCUGUAAAUGGCAUCUCCUUUGACUCGCCAGUUGCUUGCAAAUCUUCCAAACAAGCGCAGAACCAAGCCGCCAUGCUCGCUUUCCUCCACUUCACCUCUCCACCUUCUUCUUUUUCUUCCGUUGAGCCUACUGUUAGAGCUGAUGAGCAUAAUUUUGAGAGCCCUGAGUUCUUCAACGCUUUGAAGGGGCCAGAGCAUGCUGCUGCAAACGCUGUUUCAAUGUCAUCGUCACAAGACGGUGCUCAAAUCAGUGUUGAAUCUGGUCAUUACAAGAAUCACUUACAGGAGUUAGCUCAGAGAGAAGGAUUUUACAUGCCAGCAUAUAAAACUGCGAGAUCCGGUGCAUCUCACCUGCCAACAUUCUCCUCCACUGUGGAAGUUGAAGGAGAGGAAUUCUAUGGGAAAGCAGGGAAAUCCAAGAAACAGGCAGAGCUGAAUGCUGCAAAAGUUGCCUGCAUUGCUUUAAAAGAGCGUGGAUUGAGCCGGGCUACUGAGAUCACUUCCUGCCAUCUGAGAGAAGGUGCUCUCAAGACCAGUACUCAAAGCUCUGACUUGAGAAUGAUUGUCGAUUCAUUCAAGAAUCUCAUACAUGAAGAACAAUUGGUUUCAUCUCCAGCUAUCAAGUAUGAGGAAUGUACUAAACAAAUCAAAGGCACAUUACACGAUUUAUCAGCCAACGCCAAUCUCGAAGCUGAGGUCAGUGAUUCAUUUCAUGCAGUACCGGAAAUGGAUAACAUGAAAGAAACUGGAAAUCCUUCUUCAAGCUCUGAAUCGAUGCUCCCUUCAACUGAAGAAAGCCCUUCCUCUCCAGCAUUUAUACAACCCAAUCUUCCUGCUGUCACAAAUGUAGGGAAAGGUACAGGGGUGAGGAGUUACUUGCUGUGCAACAGGGUUAGAGUUUACACAGAAUUUCCUGAUAUUGCAUUCCCUAAUCACAUAACGGUGCUGCCCGUUAGUGAUGACAAGUGGGUGGCUUUCAGCUUGGAGUUCCCAAAUGAAGAAAGCAAUUAAGUUGAGUUGCUGGUGUUACCAGAAUAUUGUCUUUGAUAAGACCUAGUUUUACCAUGAUAUCCAACUAGACUUUCAGUUAUGUUUAACCUAAACUUAUGGCAUGUAUCUGCUUCUCAUGCUGGAUGCUGAUCCCAUUUGCACUAGUCUUAUGAACUUAAAAGUUAUGACUGAAACAAUUUAGUAUAAAAUUACUUUUGGGAAAAUUAUCAAACAUGAAAUGACAUUUAGAACA